AUGGAUCUUUCUGGAAAACUAAUCAUUAAGGCCCAACUUGGGCAUGAUUUGCGUCGCAUCCCGAUACAUAAUGAAGAGAUAACGUAUGACGAACUGAUUUUGAUGAUGCAACGUGUCUUCAAACAGUACAUAACUAAGGAAGACGAGUUACUGGUGAAAUAUAAAGAUGAAGAUGAUGAUUACAUCACAAUUGGAGACGAAUCUGAUUUAUCUCUUGCCAUUCAGUCAAGCAAAGUUCUACAAAUUAAAAUUUUCGUAAUAAACAAACCUGAAAUAUCCCAAUGUACUGAUGCUUUUAAAAAUAAGAAAAGUGAAGUUAUACUUUCUGAGUCAGGGAUCAAACCUCAUUAA